AUGCUGAUAACAAAAAACGGGCGUUCAAAACAAAGGCUAGAUCAAUAAAAGCGAUUUUCCCCGGAAAUAUUCUAGUAUUAUAGAAGUGAAAAGUUAUUGUCUGUUAAUUUCCCGUUAACUGAUAGGAUCGAUUCGUGAGGUGAUGUAUACAGUAUUCCGGGAGACGUGAAGAAAUUUUAAAAAAAGUUGUGAAUCGGCGUCGUCGGUGGAUUUCAGACUGCAAAGUUAUCGAAUACUUUGUAAGGCUUCUUAUCGGUGAUUUGGUUUUUUUCGGCUUAUUGUAGAAAAAAUCUUUUAAAUUAAGUGAACAUAAAGUUGCGGAACAGCUUAACAUAAAAAGCUCAGCCAACAAAGGACCAUAAAUGUAGUGUCUACGUUUGUCGGCUUUUGAAUUGUUUGAUACAUCACUACAUCGUCGUUCGGGAGGAAUUAGUGCUUUGAUCCGUCAACGUCCGGCUGAUUAGUCGAUGACCCGUUUCUACAAGAUGCAUUCCACAGUAGGAUUAGUAUGUUUGUCGUUAGCUGUUUUGUUUGGUGAAUUGGUUCGAGGUCAAACUACAAUUGGCGCCAGCGUAGUUUUGGACCCACAGGACCUCACGAUUCUCGUUGAGGAGUAUAAAAAUAUUUCGGUCCUGUUCCGGGGUCGACUAAAUCAGGCGAUCCAAUUCAAUUUUUCCGAUGAGCAUGCGGAGUUUGUCCAAGCGAGCCCUUCGGUGAUAAACAUCGAUACUCCGCCGGAUGGGUUCAUCGAUCGAGCAGUCCAGGUGACGCUCAAAGGCAUAUCGCCGGGCCAAUUCGAUCUGAUUGGAUCGGUGACACCCGCAGGACUGAUUGACGUUGCCCAGGCCUUCAUCCGGGUUACCGUAGCUCACUCGGAUACGCUCAUAAUCGUGGCCAUCGUGAUCGGAUGGAUCUACUUCGUCGCUUGGACCGUAUCGUUCUACCCGCAGAUGAUCAUCAACUUCCGGCGGAAGAGCGUCGUUGGGUUGUCGUUCGAUUUCCUGGCCCUGAAUCUAUUGGGUCAUACGCUGUACGCGAUCUUCAACUGUACCCUGUUCUGGAACGACUCGAUCGAACAGGAAUACUUCAACCGGAACCCUCGAGGACUCAAUCCGGUAGUGGCCAACGAUGUGGCUUUCUCAGUACACGCAGCCACCGCUACCCUAGUCACUGUAAUUCAGUGUUUCUUAUUUGAGCGAGGAGAGCAGCGAGUCUCGAACAUCGUCCGAGGUCUGCUGAGUGCCUUCGGAGUCGUCAUUGUCGUGUCCGGGAUCCUGGUCGGAACCAAAACUUGGCAUUGGUUGGAUUUCCUGUACACGCUGAGCUACAUCAAGCUGGCCAUCACCCUCAUCAAGUACGUCCCACAAGCGGUACUGAACUUUCGGCGGAAGAGCACGGUCGGCUGGAGUAUCGAGAACAUUCUGCUGGACUUCACCGGUGGCAUGUUGAGCAUGCUGCAGAUGCUUCUCAAUGCUCAUAAUUAUGAUGAUUGGGCGUCUAUAUUUGGCGAUCCUACCAAAUUCGGCUUGGGAUUGUUCUCGGUCCUGUUCGAUAUUGUCUUUAUCGUGCAGCACUACGUGUUGUAUAAAAACAAUCAGUACACCGAGCUGCCGGGUGACAAUGUUCCCCCGAACGAUCCCGGAACGAGCCAUCUACCGAUUACACCGGAUCCAAUCACCGAGGGUGGUCCGCUGCUGGUGAUUGCCUAAAAUCGGCUACCGAUUCCGCCCACCUGAAAUUAAUAUCAUUGAAUCAAUCAACCGGCUACGCAUGUGUGAUUUAUAGGAAAAUUGUAUAUUAUUAUCAGUAUGUUUAGGUCAAUGUUUUUACACAUUUUUAAAUGAUAAACUACGCCCCAACUUAUAUUAGAGUAGUACCUACAAAAAAAGCGCUUGAAAGCUCUCCGUAGAACAUUCAUUCGCUUGGAAAGGCUGAUACCUGAAAGAGAAAAAAACACUAAUAAAGACUAUUAAGCUGAGUUUUAGGUUUAGAAAUACGAAAAUUAUGUAGAUUACACCAAAGUUUUAAUCUGUUUAAUCCGUAGUGCAUUCCAUAUAAAAAUCUGAAAGAUUUAGAACACGAAACUGUCUAGUAUUUGGUUUUAUUACUUUUUAUUUAUGUAAGACAAUUUAGGAUAAUAAAUGUACCAUGUAUGUGAUGUCACAUCGAAGCUCGAAA